AUGUCAAAUCAAGAUGAUGGAGAUGAUGGAGGACAACAUAUGGGUGAAGAUGGACGUGAACAUGAUCGAUAUUUACCAAUUGCCAACAUUAUACGUAUCAUGAAAAAAUCACUACCACACAAUGCCAAAGUGGCAAGAGACGCCAAGGACACGGUACAAGAUUGCGUCAGUGAAUUUAUUAGUUUUAUUACAAGUGAAGCAAGUGAAAGAUGUCUACAAGAGAAACGAAAAACAAUCAAUGGUGAUGACAUUAUUGCUGCAAUGAUUACACUUGGAUUUGACAACUACAUUGAACCUUUAAAAGCCUAUCUAAGUAAAUACAGAGAAUCAGAGAAAAAAGAACCGAAUGGAGGUAGUAGUAGUAGUGGUGGUGGUGGUGGCGGUGGAGGUGGUGGAGGAGGAGGAGGAUCUGGAAAAAAACAAUCAGUCACUUCUCCAAAGAAAUCUUCUUCGUCAUCAUCAUCAACAUCUACAUUGGAAAACAACAACAACAACAACCAAUCACCUCCUGAAUCACCAAAUAUGACAUCAACAACAUCUACAACUUCAACUUUAUUAAAUCAAUCAAUGGAUCAAAAUUUACAACAACAUAAUAAUAAUGGACACGAGUCAAAUAAUAAUAAUAAUAAUAAUAAUUCAAUGUUUCCACCAGAUACUUCUCAACAUGACCAUUUAAAUUUUAAUAAUAAUAAUCAAAAUAAUAAUAAUAAUAAUAAUAAUAAUAAUAAUAAUAAUAAUAAUAAUAAUAAUAAUAAUAAUUUAAUAUAA